GGUCUCCUCCCUCUCGGUGUUCUUUGGUAAGUGCGGCAGAAUUUCGUGAAUUUAAUCGUGAAAAAGUGUUAAAAUCUCAAGCCAUCAUACAAUAAAAAGUGAUUUAAAUAGCGCAUACGGUCAUAUAGUGUGUGAUAGUGGAAAUAUUUAUUUGUGAACCUGUAAGUUGUCAUAGAAGAACAAAUAUCAGUUCAGCCGAAGUCAGCUCGCCGAUUCGGCCAUUUUCCUCUGUCAAUUAAAUAAUUCGUUUAGCGGCUAACAUUCAGCAGCUCUGCCCAUCAGAUCUUGUGCACGUUGUCGCUCGCCGCACCCAAAUAAAACACAAAAUGCUGUCCGCCGCCAGAUUGAUCGCCCCUGCAGCCAGGUCUGCCAUCUUCAGCAACACAGCCCUCGUGCGACCACUGGCUGCCAUCCCCUCCAACACACAUGUUGUCCCUGCUGCUCCAGCUCAGCUGUCAGCAGUGAGGUCCUUCCAGACCACCUCGGUCACCAAGGACAUUGACUCUGCGGCUAAAUUCAUUGGUGCUGGCGCAGCGACAGUGGGAGUAGCUGGCUCUGGCGCGGGAAUCGGAACGGUGUUCGGCUCCCUGAUCAUCGGUUACGCCAGGAACCCCUCCCUCAAGCAGCAGCUGUUCUCAUACGCCAUCUUGGGUUUCGCCUUGUCUGAGGCUAUGGGUCUCUUCUGUCUUAUGAUGGCGUUCCUGCUGUUGUUCGCUUUCUAAGCUACUUACUUUUAAGAACACUACUACUGCCAUCCCACAUGACGAGGUUUCAGUGAAUACUAUCUGGAGUGGACGGCCAUGGAAUCGAAUGUGUGGAAACCUCACCCUCAUAGUGAUGCAUGGACUGAUGUGUAUAAGUGUUACACUUACCAGUGCGCGUCAUCAGGAAUGCAAUUUAUUUAAUUAUGUAGUAUAAAAGAAAAUCUGCAAAUAAAAUGUUGUACGUAAACAUUA